UAGUGUCAUUUGUAUUUCUGAUUACCUGUGUUUUAACAGUGCACAGUGCAACAUAUCUGGUCUCUUUAAAUGUCAGAGCGAAAUUAGGUCGUUCCACUCCGCUGUGCUUUUCAAUCGAAUUGACGUAUUAAUCGAAAUGUCCGGCUCAGCGAGCCGCGCAUUAUGAGUGAAUGCUACAGAAGUGACCACUUUUUCGAGGUGUUCAUCUCAUAGUUUGACGUCGUAAACUUUAAUACAGAGAAUGGGUUGACGCCCAAGUAGAUCUUCUCAGGCCCUGGAUAAUUAAAUUAAGCUUAUUUGUCAGAUAUUAUCGGUGGAAUUUGGAUGGCUUUCUCCAACAGGCAAAACCUAACAUCAUAGCAUCAAAGAUACGCUACCUGAGAUGGAUCAGGAUGUGAUUAAUUUGUUUGCCAUUGCGGCGGGGACAAUGGCGAUUCCUCUUCUGCUUUUCAUGGCCUCGUUUCUCCUCUGGCCAUCUUCUCUCAUCAAAGUCUACUACUGGUACUGGAGGCGGACCCUGGGGCUGCAGGUGCGCUAUGCGGACUGCGGUGGCUACCGGUUUUGCUACUCGUGCAGAGGGAGACCAGGACACAGGCCAUCCAUUCUCAUGCUUCAUGGCUUCUCUGCUCACAAGGACACCUGGCUAUCUUUGGUUAAGUAUUUGCCGAAACACCUACACUUACUUUGUGUGGACAUGCCAGGCCACGAGGGCACCACUCGCACAAAUAUAGACGACUACUCCAUCCCAGGUCAAGUAAGGAGAAUACGCCAGUUUGUAGAAUGCCUUCGACUUGACAGGAAACCAUUCCACUUGGUGGGCACUUCAAUGGGUGGUAACGUGGCGGGGGUGUACGCAGCCACAUACCCUGCUGAUGUCUGCAGCAUCACCCUCAUCUCUCCAGCCGGCAUUAAGUACCCGUGUGAGACCAAGUUUGACAACCACAUUCAGGACUUUGAGGACAGCCACUACACCCUGAACAUCCCCCUCAUACCCACCACCCCCGAGGAGAUGGGGGACAUGCUCAAGCUCUGCUCUCAUGUCAGAUUCAAAGUCCCCCAGCAGAUCCUCCAAGGAUUGGUGGAUGUGAGAACUCCUCACAAUGAUUUUUAUCAAGAAGUGUUUAUGGAGCUUGUGGGAGAAAACUCAAGAUUUGCCUUACAUGAGCAUAUGCACCUAAUCACAGCUCCUUUACAAGUAAUUUGGGGUAAACAGGAUCAGAUUGUAGAUGUUUCAGGGGCCACAGUGAUUGCUGAGACAUUGCCUGGGUGUCAGCUUGACUUGUUGGACAACUGUGGCCAUUCUGUGGCGAUGGAGCGACCAAGCAGAACAGCCAAACUUUUGCUAGACUUCAUUAUCUCCCAGCAGAACAUACGAAGUGCCAGCAAUAAGAAGAAAUGCUGAACAGCUCAGUGAAGAAGUGUUUUCUGUGUUAUUUAUACUGGGUUUUAUUUACAUCUAAGUAUAACCACCCUUUUGUUUGAUAGUUUUUUCCCCGAAAUUGUUUCAGUUGAAACAUUGGUCCUAUAAAGGUACACAAUAAACAUAAUUCAGCGUAUGGA